GAGAAUUGAUAUUUCGACUCGUCAAAUGAGUCCCCUCUUCCUCAUUAUUGUAGCAUUUUGCGCCCAAUGUCCUUUACAGUAUUCGCUGUCAUCGUCAGUAGAUAUCGGACGGGGUUGCCCUAGGCAUCAUUCUCCGGCCCAAGAGAUCUCAUACUCUACGAUACGCAGUAGUACGCUGUCACAAUCACAAAAUACCAAUAGUUUAUUGCUUAUAAGACGUUCCAUAACUCGAUCUCGCCUCGGGACGAUUGAAGAAGGUGAAGAAGAAGGCGUCGACGAAAGACUCACGGGGGACGUCGAAAAGCGAACCGCCGUACCUGUGGAGAAGCCUAUAGAAUCUAUAGAUAGUCGCAAGGGAACUUGUUCGGUUGAUUUAAAACAGCUUCCUGCUAGUUAUACCGCUCCGGUGCACAUUGGACCACCUGAAGUCGAGCAACGUUUUGAAGAACAAACAUCAUCCCACGCUUCAGAAAUCAGCGACCCCCCAGAGGCUGCGAGGGAAAUAAGAUGCAAAUAUCCUAAAUUAUAUAGAGCCUGGAGAGAAUCUAUUCCAUCGGAAGAGCUCAACAAAGCGAUGAAUAACUUCGAAAGCAUGAAAAAAACGGGAUUUUUCCAAAUUCCUCUCUGGAUGGAUGAAGGAUUAGACGUCUCGAGAAUGCUCCAGAUAAUAAAUUUUAGAAUAAAUGGGAUCAAACUUCGCCACAUUGAUAAACCGAUAGAUCAAGUAACGCUCAGUGAACAGAGUAAGAUUGUAAAACUGUUUUCUGGCCUGGAAACCGAGGGAAAUUUUGGAAAAACACUUGUCAGAAAAAAAGAGUAUGCUCAGCUUUUGGAAUAUGAUAAAGGAAUCCAAGAUGAUUUUGAAAAAUUUACUGAAAUCUCAGGUAAGAAAUUCACACAAAGGGUUAGAAUCAAGGCCAAAUCCAAUUUCAAAAGCUUUUCAGAUGAUUUUGGCGCUGCUCUUAUUAUCUUUGAGAGGUUCCGAAAAAUGCGCAACUUGUAGGAUCAUGUGAAUUUCUCUAUUCCAAAAUCCUGUUUACUUCACUUUUAAUCAGCUUGUUAAUUUUAUGGUUAUGUGUAUAUAUGUG